AUGAGUGACAAAGAUGUGGAUACUUAUAAUAUAAAUGUAACAUGCAUACAAAUACGAAACGCAAUUUUAGAAUCAAAUCCAACAGAACCAAGUCUUGGAACACUAAGUCGAGCAGGUGGAGGUGGUGGUGUUGAUACUAUUGUUAUAUCAAAGCAUGAUGGCAGAGGUGACAAUACUGAUGUAAUAUCAUCAUCAUCUUCAGUAAAUAGUGGUGUAAAUAAAGAACGUCAUAAUGAUGUCGAUAAUACUGGUGGUGGCAGCAUACUAGAUAAUAAUGGUAGAUAUCAUCCUCGAGAGGUUACUGAUACACCCAUCGAGGUAAUGAUGACAUCGUCACCAUCAUCAUCAUAUAUGACAUUUCCUUCACAACAACAACGUUCUAGACAACGAAUUACCACUACAAGUGUAUCAUCUUCAUAUCGUUACACGAAUAGUGCAAACAGUAGUUCAACAAUAACAAUGAAAGAGAUAUCUACAACAGAAUCGUCUUCAGUACCACCUGGACCACCAAUGUCAACAUCAACUUCAACGAGACGUAAUAAUAAUGGUAAGAGUGGAAGUAGUGGCAAACAGUUGAUAAUGACAUCGUGUCGUAUUUCUGAAUUUUUUUGUGAUGCAUCUUCUUCGUCUUCGUCGUCAUUCUCCGGAGAAAACCAACAGCAUCAUGGUGGUCGAAAUCAUGGUGGUGGUGUUAGUGGUGAUAAUAUUUUAAGUGGUGGUGGCAGUUACAAUAGGGAUGUAGGGAAAAAUAGUGGUGGGGGACGGUGUAUUGCACUUGAUAGAUAUUGUGAUGGACAACCAGAUUGUGUUGACAAAACUGAUGAACCUCCAUAUUGUACACGAUGA